AUGGCGACCGAUGGAAGUGACCCUGAAAAGUUGUACUCGGCACUCGGUGUUCCACCCACAGCGACUCACGAUGAAAUUGUCGCUGCCUACACGACAGAGCUCCUGUUGUAUGAAGAAGCGUGCAAGCUCAGCAGGACAGACAACGUCUUCAAGAAAGCUCAUGUAAAGCACAAAGAGGUGAGGAAGGCUUUUACUGUUCUUUCGGACGCUUCCCGUAGACAACAGUACAACGACAGCCAUACCAUCCCCGGCGCGCCCAGAUUCUCCAAGAAAUCGCUGAAACAGCCUAGGAACUAUUGUAUACAACACAACGCUCAAAGGAUGACUCUUGCACAGAGCGACAUCGGCCUCACCCUCCCAGAGCAGGUCAACACCGUACUGGGGGAUCCCGUGACGCUAGCUGCAAGCUACAGCACCAACCGCCAGGUGGAGCUACUUUCGUGGUACAAGAUCGACAGUAACGACCCCUCAAAAAGAGUGCUAGUUUUGUCCUACUCCCCCAUGAGAGGACUGAGGACGUAUCAUAACUUUGUAGAACGGGUGGAGCUUGCCGGUCCGGCAUCGCUGAAGAUUUUACAGACCCGAGCCGAGGACGAGGGGAAGUACGUCUUGUCCCUUUUAGUGGAAGAAGUCGGAAGCGUCGACGGAUUCGUCACUUUACACAUCCUAGUCCCCCCAGUUGUUGAAGUGGGACCGUCCAAUCCCUACGUCAUCGGCCUGGGAAAAGCCGCUCUCCUGACGUGUACAGUGAUGAAUGCCAAGCCAAACAUCUCUUCCCUCCACUGGAAAAAGGACGGCACCAUUGUAGACAGUAAUCUGAUGAACACCAAGUUCAGCGGGGGGACCAUGGCGUCGCCAUCUUUGAUGAUACGUCACGUGACCCGAACAGACGCUGGCUUGUACACGUGCGUGGCUGAUCACGUGGUCAAACAAGAGAGAAGCAGUCUGAGAUUAUCAGUUUUAUGUAAGUCUCAUUUUUAA